UCCAAAAUCUAAAAGCCCAUGCUUCGAUCAACAAAGGACCCAGAUGUCUUCCUAGACGCCCUGAUCAUGAAGAACAUAGCUGAACUGGCGAUGGAGAAGAAUUUUACUACAGCAGACAAAGCUUCCUUAGUCACACUGUGAGCGAUAGUCAAGAAAUUCUUAGCCAAGAUCAUUGGGAGCACUAAGAAUUAUACGGAACUUAACUGCAGGACUGAUUCCAAUGUGAUAGAUGCACUUUCAGGUAUCCUAGAGACCAUGAAGAUUCCUCAGAAACAGAUUAUUAAGCAUAUACAGGAUAGGCCUUUUAGUAAAGGGUGCUGGAAAAGUGGGGUUGUUGAUAAAAUGCUCACGAUUCAGCAAGAUAAAGCAAAUAAAGAGAUCAGUAAAUAUGGAGGUGUUGGCGGCAUUAGCAGUGAUUAUAAGCAAACUCUUUACCAAGAUCCUGACCACCUUGAGGGACCAGUAGCUGUUGUGCCUGAAGAAAUCAAAAAUUUCAAAGGAUUUGCAUCAAUUCCCCCAUUUUUACGCAUUUUUCCAUCCAAAUUAGCCUUACAAAACAUGAACAAAAAUGAGUACAAAGAAAAGGAAGAAAAAUCUUCACUCCUCAAAAUCAAAAACAAGCGCGAAAUCGAGGACAAACUCAUCGAAGUCUCACUCAUAAACGCCCCUCAACCCACCUCCUCACCCACACCCCCUAUUCCCCACCCCCAGGAGGCCCUCUCCCCUCCAGACCCCACUCAGCCUCCCCAACCCUCCCUCUCCAGCCCCCCAAACCCCUCAAGCCCCUCCAAAGACACCCUCCCCGCUCCCCACCAAUCUCUUCCUCCUUCAGUACCCCAAACUCUCCAAGAAGAGACCUCCCAGCUCAAGCUUAAGAAGAGAGCAGCCAAAGGCGUCGCCAAAAUCAAGGAAGCAGAAAGCCUGUUCUGUUAAACAGACAAUCUCAACGUGAGGAUUUUUAUUGGGUUUUAUAGUAAUACAAUCGGGAUUU